UCUCAAAUUACAGUAUGCAUUAUCUCAGUGAAAUUUCCUGUGUAUGCAACUCUCUUGCUCCUUCUGUCUCAGGGUUGCUCCGAGUGCGCGUGUAAGAUACAGGACAGAAAAAUCCUGGAGAAGGGCUAGCUCCAAUUUCAGUGAGUAAAGAUGGAUGUUUACCACAGUCAUGCAAUGAACGGCGUGUGGAAGGGCUGGGUGCUGCUCAUCGCUCUCUACCUGGCUUUCUACCAAGAACAGACAACAGCUUUCAUGAUCACCACUCCUUACUCACUCUACGUCUGCCCAGAAGGACAGAAUGUUACCUUGACAUGCAAGCUCUCUGGGCCACUCGCUGCUCGGCAUGACUUACUUUACAAAAUUUGGUACUUCAGCAGCAACGGAGACCAAAGCUGCUCUGAGAAGCAACAUAUCCGCAAUGUAACCGAAAGGGACCUGCAUCAUGAGCCAGGGAAGCAUCAUGGGACACAUAAUGUCACGGAAAGGUACUUCCAUGGAGAACGAGCAAAUCACCAUGGGCUGGAGACCACCUCAGACCACCAUGGGACAUUUCAUAUUAUCAUGAUGAAUCUGACUCUGCAGGACAGUGGCAAUUACUGCUGUUACGUGGUAGAGACUAAAAAGGAACACGGCAAACAGAAUUACCAGCAAGUGGCUCAUGGCUUCAUGGAACUCCGCAUACAGAAAGCCAGAGAAGCAUUUCCAAACUGCACAUUUCAUCCUGGUGCCAACAAAGAGAAAGAAAACAUCACAGCAGCUGCGCUGGCAACAGGAGCAUGCAUUGUGGGCAUUCUCUGCUUGCCCCUCAUCCUGAUCCUCAUUUACAAGCAGAGACAAGCAGUCAACACCAGGCGUGCUCAUGAACUUGUAAGAAUGGAGAGUAAUGCUCAAGGCAUUGAAAACCCUGUCUUUGAGGCGGUUCCAUCCACAAAUACAGAGUCCAGGCCCAAGCCGCAGAUGACAUACAUGGCCAGCCGCCAGCAGUCAGAAUCGGGCCGACACCUUCUCUCAGAACCAAACACUCCGCUGUCUCCUCCAGGCACAGGGGAUUGUUUCUUCCCAACACUGGAGCCUGUUCCUGAUUCUCCAAAUUCCAUGAAAGUAUAAAAUUGCUGAAGAAGAACAACUUUCACUGAAUUUGUUGUCAGCAAUAUGGAAGAAGCUUUGGCUAUUGCUGAAGCAAAGGCUUUAUAGGCAAGGCCACUUCUGAGCGGAAAAAAUGACCAACACUUUCUCUAGCAUUCAAUGCUUCCCCUGGCACCUCAAAUUCAUCGCUGCGCUCAUCUUCCUUAGAAAGUUUCUCAAGAAAAAAAAAACAAGAAAGAAAGAAAAAAGAUCACCACAACUGUUGAAACUCUUGCUGGUUUUUCUUCACUGCACAAGGAAGCUUACAAUUUAAUGACCAAUACAUUGCUAAACUCAUUGUUGGUGUGCAGUUCCCCACACCAUGCUUAUUUACAACACUGGCACCUAGAGCAGAUAUAAGAAGAUGACUUAUUAAACUGGAGGGAGAGGCUGAACAAAAAAAGAAGCCUUACAAACUGAACUGGAGUGAGAGAACCACUCUCCACAUUCCAUAUGCCCCGCCCCAAUGGAAAUUUGUGAAGAGGAAAACAAGUUCCUCUUCAAUGGGUUUAGAUUUUUGCUACCUAUUUUCUUAGAGAUGUAUGUGUAUAUAUAUAUAUAUAUUAUUAUUUUGCCUGCACUGUUUGAUGUCAUUGCAUAGAAACUAUAUGGUGUGUUUAUAACUUGUGUCCCUUUAUGAAAAGAUGUAUGACGGGAAGAUUUGUAAGAAAAAUGAUAUCAGCUGCCAGCUACAAUAUCUAAAGAAUAAGGAGUCAGUCAGAAAUAAAAAUCUGGCUUAAGUCAUGGAGUUUGGAUCUGGAUUCAAAUCGAGAUCCAAACUUUUCAAAAAUCCAGGAAAGUGUGGGGAAUCACUGCUCUGAUUCAGUCCUAUUGUAGAGAUGGACCUGAGCUGUGGAGUUUGGACCUAGAUUCAGAUUCCAACUUGCCUGAAGUCCAAGUGGGUGGGAAUCUGGUUUUCCAGUCUGAGCCCAUCUCUAUUAGAAAUGUGGCAAACAUCUCACAGAGAGCCUGAGUCAGAGAGAGACCAACCACACCAGUAAACAUUUCAAGUGAUUUAAUUUAUUAGCAUGGUUUAAUCUGUGUUAUGUUCCUCUGUUUUCAUAGCCAUGUUAGAGAAUCCACGCCCCCUGUUUGGGAACAACUUUUGAAAUGCUUUAUCCACAUGCAAUCAUGGGAGAAAAUAGUAUCUUCUGCCAUCACUCAGAUAUGUUCAUCUGGGACUAUCUGAGUGACCACACCAAAUAUCCAUAGGCAGAGUACCUCAGAAACUCUGCAAGCAUUUAGUGUCUCAGAAUUGUCUCCUGUGGGAUUGCCAGGAGAACUAACACGCCCUGCUCGAUAAUACACUCCAGUUAGAGGCAUGCCCAUGAGAACCAACUUGAAUUAAAGUAAUGUGUGUUCAGCAGAGGUCUCAUGGAGGGGGUCAGAUGACUAUUGGCAGGUCAUAAAAUGAUUUUAAAAGCGGCAGUCAUGAUGCAAACCACGAUAACCAUUUUCAGAUUUGUUACUCUGAGUUUCUUUACAUGGCUGAAAAAGGUACAAUGUGGAAAGAGCUAAAGAGAUUUGAGAAACAGAGAGAACACUAUGGAAAAAACAGUUUUUGUUCAAGGGUCACCUGCCCUGUUUGGCGUAGAUGUACAAUAGGAAUACAUGAGUCUCAAUGAAACCAUAACAUAUAUAACCUUUCUGUAAAUGACCCAGCUUUGUGAGAGUUUCAAGCAAGGUACAGACUGGUCAUGGAAAGAAUAUACACUGCCAAGCAUGAAUGAAGCCCUGACUUUGAGUGCUGGGCCAUGAUGGCUGCAUAGAUAAGGGGCAGUCAGCGCCACCCGGGAUCCAAUCCUCUCCCAUCGUCUCGCUCAUAUUCCCUCAGAUGGGACGGCAUCUCAGUUAUUCUAUCACACUCUAAUGAUGCCAGCUUGGAACUAUACAACCAGAGAGUCACCAUCAGUAGAUUGAGGCAGCCCCUCAGCAUGAACAAAUCCUAGGUGGAGGGGGAGGGGUGGGCAGAAGGGAACAGAAAAAGGUCUUGUCCUACUGUGGGAAUCACACCAACAAUAGUUUUUAAUGUAGCCAAGAAGAACUUUUGAUGCUUUCAUUCUGAGGCUAGUUUUUCAGCUGGUUCAGAACCCAUCCAUCUCUAUUUGAGAGUCACUCCAGCUGGCAGCUUGGGUCUCAGCCUGGGAGCAGAAUAUUUCAUUUUCGUA